AUGAUCUACUUCCGCACGAAAAAGGAGCUCGGUGAUUUAUUUCUAUUGCCGCCAGUGUCGCUAUGGGGACGUCGAUUCAACCGCGCUGCAUUUGUUUUUAUCAUGCUCGGAAUCGGAGAUCUGGCUAUUGAAACAUGCGACGGACCGAACUACGCGGGUACGGAUCCUGGAUAUCCUUAUCUUCCAACGGGAGAGCAGAACAAAAUUUACGAUGGAGUAUUGGCGGGGCUUUUCACCUUGGAAUUUAUUCUCCGCGGUAUCCAAGCCAAGAGCAUUCGAGCUGUUGUCCGUGAUCCGUACAUGUGGUUAGAUUUAAUCGGAAUCUCGCCGUGGUAUAUCCUGCAGGUUUUGGAGGCAGCAGGGAAUUCUUUGGGUCCGAAUCACUUUAUCAGCAUGCUUCGGCUGAUUCGGUUAGUGCGGUUGGCGUUUAUCCUGAGGCACUACGAGCAGACAAAAAUUAUGUAUUUGGCGAUCAAGGCCAGCUUGCGGCCGUUGGGUAUUACCUUGUUUUUCCUCUUUACGCUGGUGAUGAUCGUUGCUACGGCGAUUUUCUACGCAGAGCCAUGCUAUAAUGUGGAGACUUGCACCUUUACGGACAUUUUCAACUCGGCGUAUUUUGUAAUGGUGACGGUCGCAACCGUGGGUUAUGGAAAUCAAGUACCCUCUUUGAAGAACCCUGGAUCCCUAUUUUUGACGAUGGUAGCAAUGAUUCUUGGGCAAAUCUACUUUUCCAUGCCCGUGGCGAUUAUCGGAAAUAAUUUCCAGUUGACCUACGAGAAGUUCCAGCUAGACAAGAAGAAGAAGUCCCGGUACCUCGAUGCAUCGCUUUCGCCAUUCGACUGCCAGCUACUGCAUAGCCAUGCCAAGCGACUGUGUGAUAUCCAGUAUCAUCUCUUAAAGUCGUGGUCAGUUCUGCACCACCACAUUCGUGGCAUCGCGCGCUCAAUCACCAGAGGUUCUCAAUCGUUCACCAUGGAUAUGCUCGAGCUUGAGGCUGACCGUCAGACCAAGAUCAAGGAAGGAAUCAGCCGUCUGCUCGAUAUCCACACCGAAGCUACGAUGUUAUUGCAGGUUUUUAUUCCUCACCGACGAAGAUCGCUUCAUAUGAGUCUGGAGUACCACGCACAAGGAGUGCUAAGCAACAUGUAUGCAAAAGCUAAGAAGGCAAUGGCAAAGGCGAAAAUAAAGUCAGGCCAUCCUUCAGCAAUCGUAGACCCUCGCACAGCCUCGCAAACAUUUAGGGGGCGACUUUGGCUGCUGCUGGAAGUUCCGGAUUCGUCGCGCCUUGCCACGAUUGUAAACCAAGCUAUGGUGGGAGUUGCGUUAGUCAGCAUCAUGCUGUUUUUCACGGAGUCGCUACAGGAGCUAGCAGCGAGCGGUGUCGAAACCAGUGGCUGCAGAUCAGUUGUCAAGAGCUAUUGCAGGACAACCGGGUUUGAAGAGAUGGACGCCGCGUGUUUUUUGCGAUAUCAAAAUGGCACGAGCGAAUUUACUGAGCAGCUAGAUUUCACCUGUGAGACUGUAGCGGAGUCGCUGACAUGUUAUGGAAAUGGACUUAACUUCGGAUCUCUAGAUCCAUCCGCGUUGGCAUGUGAAAAUGCCUUUUCAAAGACUGGAGUCGACUACGUGUGCUAUCGCCAACAAUGCCGAGCAUCGUUCAGCAUGAUUUUUGAUAUGGGUCCGUAUUGGAUUUACUUCGAAUGGCUUUUCGGUCUUGUGUUCACGCUGGAACUUGCGCUUCGAUUUUAUAUCGCGCAGGACCGCACGGAGUUUUGGAAGAAUUUUUACGUCUUUUUCGACGUGGUUGCCAUUGUGCCAUUCUUCGUGGAGGUGUCUGGCUACAUGUUCUCAAAUAUCCAACCAGAUUACGCGAUUGUUGCGACGUCACCAUCAUUUCUUUCUGUGAUCCGGGUGCUCAAAAUUAUGCGCAUUCUCAAACUCACUCGGCAUGUCCGAGGAACGAAGAUCCUAGCUUCUACUGCGAUAAAAGUUUGGAAACCUCUUGUUAUCCCGCUAUUCUUCCUGUUUACAGGAUGUAUCAUUGCUGGAGCUAUUUUCUAUGAGAUAGAGCGUGGAACAGAGUGCUUUGUUGGGCAGCCAUGUUGGUGGUGGCACAAAAAUGUUCUCACAUCAGAGCUUGCUGAAGGCCUUCCAGUUGGAAAGCGUGUUCUGAUUCAAGACAAAGUGAAAACGACAAUCACGGAUAUGAUCCACUCGACGUGGUUAUCGUAUACAACGUAA